GGAGGAGUUAGAAUGCAGCUUUUUAAAUGCUUGAGAUAAAGCCUGUUGUGUAAAACAGGCAGUGUUUCAAACUGUCUCAUUGGUAGCCCAAAACUUUGAUUUAUUUUUGUAUUUUGGCAUUCUUUAGAGUUUGCUUUUACAGAAUUUAAAAAUGAAUUCAUGAUCUGCUCCAGAGUGCUUUCCCUCCAUCUCCCUUCAUGGCCUGACCUCUGCCAGAGAAUGGCAAUGGUCUCUGCGAUGUCCUGGGUCCUGUAUUUGUGGAUAAGUGCUUGUGCAAUGCUGCUCUGCCAUGGAUCCCUUCAGCAUACUUUCCAGCAGCACCACCUGCACAGACCAGGAGGGACAUGUGAAGUCAUAGCAGCUCACAGAUGUUGUAAUAAGAAUCGCAUUGAGGAGCGGUCACAAACAGUCAAGUGUUCCUGUCUCCCUGGAAAAGUGGCUGGAACGACAAGAAAUCGACCUUCCUGUGUGGAUGCCUCCAUAGUGAUUGGGAAAUGGUGGUGUGAGAUGGAGCCUUGUCUAGAGGGAGAAGAAUGUAAGACACUCCCUGAUAAUUCCGGAUGGAUGUGCGCGACAGGGAAUAAAAUUAAGACCACAAGAAUUCACCCAAGAACCUAACAGAAGCACUGGCACUGGUUAUAGUAGUAAAGAAAAACCAACUCUGCAGAAAAUACAUUUUAAGAAUUCAAAACACCUUACACAUUACAAGCCAAAUGGAUGUCUUAUUUGCACUUUGACUGGUUACCAGAUAAUCACAGUGCUUUUACCAUAUGUCCUGAAGUAUCCUAUAGGAAUAUGACCCAGAAUUUUUGGCAGCACCAUGGAAAUAAAAGGAUUUUCUCCACAAAAAUUUUCGGGAGGACAAGGAAUCAUCAACUGUCUUCUAAUUUGGAUCUAUAGUUACUUUGUACCAUUUGAAAAAAUAUAUGUAUAUAUAUAAUAUUUUGAAAUAUUAUAUAUUCUCUUCAAGAAAUGGACAGUACCACAGUUUGAUGCGGCUGGUGUACCUCUGAAUUUUGGAUGUUUGGUUUGGUUUUGCUAUCAUUUCUUUUUCUAUCAGCAAGGAAGACGUGUGCCCUUUUGAGAGAUCAACUUGACCCUGACACUGGAAGGCCGGCGACAGGUGGACUCCUGGAAUCUGAGGCAUCAGAACAAUACUGACUCAAGAGCUUCCUUCUGUUUCUACCAGAUGGUUCAAGGAAGCACAUCAUCCGUUUUAUUGCUUUCUACCCUCUGCAAUAUUAGCAUGCAAGCUUGGCUUACAUAAUCAUACUUUAUAUUCAAUUGAUAUAUAAUAACCGUUCUAACCUCUUCCAGGAAAAUAUUUUUAGAAAUACUAGCUUUUCCACAGAUAAGAAAAUGAGGAUUCUUGAGGGAGUUGCUCCAUCAUGCUGUUAAGACUCUGGCAGAGUUAAGGUAGAUAUGGACCCCUGUAUUAAUUAGUCCUGUAAAUACAAUGUCUCAAGGCUUUGUAUAGCUGUCCUAGACUGCGGAAAUAUCCUCAGAUUAAAUCCAAAAGUCUGGCAUCGUUAAGUACAUAGUGUUGUAGCAACAAGUCUUAUCAUGACACUUUUCCUAUGUUGAUUUGCUUUUUUCAAAAGGAUUCAGAUCUCUUCUGGUGAGAUAGGACAGCAUUAAAGCAAUUAGGUUUCAGAAUGAUCUAUGUGAGCAAAUGUUGGACAGCCCUAUUAAAAGUGGUAAAUAACUUCUUUAUAAACCUAUUUGUCUUUUUUUAUUUGAUACUAUUCCUUUUAGGCAAAUCCCAAGAACACCCCACACAGACGUUCCUUGUGAGCCAUAUAUACUUACCCCAUUAUAUUGUGGCUGUAUCUGCUUUUUUUCCCAAAGCCUUUUCCCUGGAAUGCAAAUUGUGAGGUUCUCUUAUUAGACCAGCAGCACACUGGCUCUCUAGUUUGGACUUUUCAAUACUUGACCUCAGGUAAGAUCCAGAGGUUUCUUCAUAUCUACCAAUACAGUCUGAAUCUAAUUAAAUGUGCAGACACUCUAGCAAUCUAGAUUGAUUCUACACCAUGAAUGCAUAUAGAGUAUUUAGAAAUGGAAAUGGAAUCCUCAUUGCAGAACCUGGGCUUCCCAAGUACUCACACAUAUUUGCCAGAAGAUUGCAUAAAAUAGAGAAUAGCAAAUCAGAAUUUCUUGGAUUUAUCACCUACAUCCAUGCACUAAGUAAGAUGUUAGAAAUUGAACUUCAUGAGGUAAAAACUGAAAUCAAAAAACCCAAACUGUUAUCUAUAUCUGUAAAUGGCAAAAUGUGGGGGAAAAUAACAUUUAAACAAACUAAAUAGAAAUAAUACUGAGGCAAUUCCAAGCCCUUUAAUACCUCAACAAGUGUGCCCUGUCUUCAAGGAAGACCAGAAAGGGGAAGCCAUGCAAGCAGCUCCCAGAGUGAAUUCAGCAUUUUGGGUGGUUACUUGACUAAUGGAGAGCCUGUACCCUGCCUACUGAGAAGCUAUAGAAAAUAUUUCUGCAUGUGAAUAUAUUCACCAUGCUGUCUCAGCUUCAGUUUUGCAAGAGAACCAGAAUGUGAACUUUAUGUCAGCUCUCCAAACAUUCUUAAAUGAAAUGAACUAAAAUGAGAUCAUUCCCAUUAAGAAUUCUAUGAACAUUUUUAUUCUCCAAAAUUCCCUAAUUAUGUGGCUGUUUCUAUAGGAUUAGUGUUUCCUGGAAUACCUUUUCAAAAGUCUGGAUCCUGAAUGAAAAUUCAGUAACAAGCAAAAACACACUCUUUUUUGUGAUCUCACAAAUGUACACUCAUAAUUCAUAAUGUGUGGCACUCACAGCUUUUCCUAAUCUAAAGCUAGACUCAGUAAGUCAACAAAGGAGCUGAUCUAAAAGUCAGGUCUGUUAGUCCAUUUCUUAUUAGUUACUUAAGGCAACAUCCUCGCAUGGAAAGACCUGGAGGAAGAAAUAGGGGCAGGGUUAGGCCAUAUCAGAAUCAGGCAGAAAUCAGUAAAAUUGUAUAAAUAUUUUUACAUGUCAUCAAAUUCCAUUUGGAUUAUCCAUGUCCCUUAUUUGACUUUAAAUUUAACUUAUAUCAGUUUAGAGAAUUCAGUAGCUGCCAUCUGCCUAUUGAAUCUUAAGAUUUAUAUUUUAAACACUUAUAUCACUUAUUUAUGAUAAUAAAAAGCUCAUCAUAGUAUGACUAAUAUUGAUUUUGAACUUGUGCAUUAAGUAUGAUAAGUAAGGUUAUAAUUAGAGAAAAUGAAAAGUUUCAUCCAGAGCCCUUCUCUAAGUGAAAAUGAAAAUGUCUUGUUUCACAAGACAAGAUUUUCAACUAAGGUAAAGCUCAUUUGCUGGUGUUUUUUGUAUAAUUAAAUUUAUCUAUCAAUAGACUUGGCAAGAAUAUAUAGAAGUUUUACAACUUGGCUUUUUUCCAUUAUAGAAUGGUGAAGAAUGUUUUUACCAACACACAAUCCAACAUUUUUUUCUGAUCAAACUCAGUGUAACAUUCACAAAGCAAUAUAGUGAUUUUAUAGUGCAGUAUAUUAUACCACCUUGCCAUUGUCACUGUUAUAGUAAGUUAUGGAGGACAUAAAAAUUGUUUAUAUGAGGAGAUCCACAUAUUUUUCACCUAUAUAGCAUAGACACUCCUUCCUAGAAGGUUAAAUGUCAGAAUACCAAUUUCUCUUUUAAUUAAGUGUGACAUUCCCAUUUGAAAAUCUGUUAGGGUUUGGUUGACAAAGAAAUGUGUCAUGUCUCUUUAUGUGAGCUGUCUGCCUUCAAAAUAAAAGAUUUAGUGUCUGGAUAAUUCUAGGGCUCAACCUUUCUCACAUUUAAAAAUAUGGGAGAACAGUGGGGUAGGCACCAUGGGGGCUUGUGGUUAGUGGCAGGAGUGACAGAAUCUGAUUCCCUAGCAGUCAUGGGCAUGAUACAAUAGUGAUGAAACAGAAUCAUGUUCACACUGCAAAGUAAAUUAAAGAGGAAGCCACUGAUUACACACACACACACAGACACACAA